AUGAGGGAAAUCAAGACAGAAAUUCUCAACACAGAAAACCAAAUCAGCGAUUUGGUCGAUUGGCUUAUCUUCCGCCACGCAUCGCCAGAUUUGUACGAGCCAAUUAUGUACAUUGAUCUUGAAGGCGUAGAACUCUGCCGUGAGGGCUCGCUUUUCAUCCUUACCCUUCUGAUUGAUACAGGGACCCCGAGCACGCGCGUCUGUCUUAUAGAUGUAUAUUUUCUACGCCCACUAGCAAUCAAUACCACUGGCAUUAAAGGAAAGACACUAAAGGAUAUUCUCCAAGACGGAAAGAUCCUCAAGUUCUUUUUCCACGCUCGCAACGAUUGA